AUGGCUGUCUUAUCCACCUUGUCCAUCCUUCCCUCCACCCGAACCAUCAUCGACAACACCCUCCUCUCACCAUUCAUCACUGGCGCUCUAUUGUUCUACAUCAAACGCAACCCCUCCGCCUUGGACAAGCUCCCAUGGUUUCCGGACCUGACACUAACCCUCCCAUUCCGACUCCCCUUGAACAUUCGCAACUCUGUGACUCUCCACGCCUCACCGCCUCUCAAGACGCUCAAAUUUCUCUUCGGCCUCGGCCUGGUUCUGUACGUGAAUCGCUUCCUCAACCGUCUGGCUUUGAAUUACUGGCACCUCCAAAAACAAGGAGUGCCGUGGGACUUCCAAGCCGAGGGCAAGGAGACCAUUUUGAUCACUGGUGGCUGUUCCGGGUUUGGACGUGAGAUGGUCCAAAUGUUCGCCGAACAGACCAGGGCGAAUAUCUUGGUAUUGGACAUUCAGGAUCUACCUGCCGACAUGAAGGAUAUCUCCCGUCUCACGUACUACCAAACGGACCUCACGUCCCCAUCCUCCAUCACCUCCACCAUUACCACAAUCCUCAACACCUCCCACCCUCCGCCGACCGUCCUAAUCAACAACGCGGGCAUCGCCCAAGCGCAUACCAUCCUCAACACCACCGACGCCUACCUGGAGAAGAUCUUCCGCGUUAACGUCCUCUCACAUUUUACACUGAUCCGCCUCCUCUUGCCAGUCAUGAUGUCCCAACGCAAAGGCCACAUCGUUUCUCUCGCCAGCAUGGCCAGUUACGUCGGCGUCGCCAGUCUGGUUGACUACUCCGCGACCAAAGCUGCGGUUCUUGGCAUGCAUGAGGGUCUGGUUCAAGAACUCGCACACCGCUAUGCAGACCAUGGAGGACACUGUAUCCAGGCGUCGAUCGUGCAUCCGAUAUGGGCGCGUACGCCGCUGAUCGGGUCCUGGGAAAAGGAGCUGAAUAAGUCGGGACAGCACGUAUUGACGGCGCGCGAUGUCGCGGGUGGAGCUGUGCGCCAAGUCUUGAGCGGGAGGAGCGGGAGUGUUUUCUUCCCCCAAUGGAUGUGGAUGGGGACGUUGCUGAGGUUUUUGCCGGAUUGGGUUGCGUUGACGCAGCGAGCGACCCUGCAUCCGGCGACUCAAACAGCGGAGAAGGAUGUGGCUGGUCAGCAUACGAAGUAG